GACAAAUGGCUGAACUGACAUUGACUACAGAUAACAGAACAGUUUAUAAAUAAAAACAAAUGUCCUCAAUGAAUUUAUUGUAAUUUUCGUUUAAUUUACAUAAUAUUGUCCUUGAAGAAAGAAAAAUAGCUUUAAAUUUAAAAUCUUAUCACUUACUUUGAUGCGAAUAUUUUCCAUUUUCCAGGCGCUACUUUGAAUUUAAUGUUGUGAAUUAAUUUCUUUACUCAUCAAAAUGAUUGAUGUUAAAACGAAGAUUUGUUCUUUCUUCAUAUUUAAUUCUAAUUUCGGUCCUAAAGAAGGCGAAGAAUUGAAAAAGAUAAUUUAUUACCACCCAAGCCAGACUGCCAGUGAUGCACGUAAGAUGCAAGUUGGUCUCUGUGAGGCAGUCGUUAAAUUUAUGUCUACAUUUUCCUCAGAACCAUGUGAAGCACUACAAACACAGACAAAACGGUACAUCUUCUACCAACCUGAGAAGGGCUUUUGGAUGAUUUUGGUUGUAAGAAUACCAUACACCACUAAAGCUUUAUCAGCUAUUGGAGAGACACAGGGGGAAGUGGUGGAUCCAUCAGUUAUGAGUGAUUUACUUACUUCAGCAUAUAAAAUGUUCCGAAUGUUCAUGGGACCAUUCAAAGACAUUCCUAUUGAUGAGAUAUACACAACUUGUGAAGAAAUUUUUACACCAUACAUACUAUCAACAAAUCUGAAGAAUGAUGUGUCAGACAUAAUACAAGGCAUUCAUUACCUACCGCUGGACAAGAAUACUUUCUUCAGAGUUGUAUGUUUCAUAGAUUUACUUGAGGUCAAUUAUCCUGAUUUCAAAUGCAUAUCUUUUGUUUACAAUGACCAACUUAUAUGGAACAGCCUCUCGAAUAAUGAUAUGCUUACACUGUACCAGUAUUUAGUUCAAACAUUAAUACCGAAGCAAGUAGAGAAGGAGAUACACGGGGAUGCAGUAGCGGCCGCACAGAGGCACGGCAGGUUCGUCAGUCCAGCAGAAGGCAUACGGAAUAAAGAGGAUCUUCAGAAGCUAGUCAAAGUGUACCUGAUGAGGGAAGACGACAAUGAAACAAAACAGUACUAUUUGAUAGUGUAUAGAACUUUGAGUGCUACCAUUUGUUUUACUGUUGACGUGAACACAAAUCUGGACAUUGAGACAUUCAGGGCUCUGGACGCUUUCAUGGGCCCGCAGCUGUUCAGCAUAGCGUCCUCCAUCAGUGAACAAUGCACUAUCCACGCCCUGCAGACCGCCCAACUUGCCACAGACCACAAGUUUGUCUAUUUCAAUAGACUUAACUUGGCCUUCAAGACUUCUCCAGCAAAUAAAUUAGUUCCAUCCGGUGCUGUCAAACCAGAGGUGUUAAGUAUGAUAGCAAACAUACAUUCUGAUAGAAAAAGUCUAGGUAAUUAUGGCGAAAUUAUAAUUAAAAUACCUGACGAGUAUUGGAUAACAGGGAAAGUGUCAAAUGAAAGAGAAUUUUAUGUAAUAAUCCAAGAAAAGAAUGCCACUCUAAAGGAAAUCUCUGAUGAGGUCAAACGAAUAUGUGAGUCGCAAAUGAAAGGUGCUUUGUUCUUUUACCCAAUAUAAAUCUGUGUCCCCAAAUAAAAAUAUUAGUAGUUAUUUUACGAAAAAUAGUAGCCAAGUGUUUAUGAAUAACUUAUUAUGAUGAAAAAUAUAUAAAUAAAAAAGUUUUACUCAA